CUCUUGUACCUCCCCAGUAGCUCAGCUUCAUCUCUCUCACUCGCUUGCCUUUGACUUCUCCAAGAAUCAGACUCACCCUCUAGCACUCAGACAUGGCUUACUGUGGACCAUCCUUCGCAGUUCCCUCCUGUGCCUCCGCUCCAGCCGUUGGCUUCGGAUCAGCAGGUCUCGGCUAUGGUGGCCUCCAUUCUGGCACCAUAACUGGAUACGGGUCACCAUCCUUUGCCGUUCCCUCCACGGCCUCUUCUCCAGUCGUUGGGUUUGGCUCAGCAAGUUUCGGCCACAACUCUGGGGUCCCCUCCGCUAGCCUGGGUGUCCUCUCAGGGGUCAACCCUUCCUGCAUCAACCAGAUCCCACCUGCAGAAGUCGUGAUUCAGCCACCUCCCGUCGUCAUGACCCUCCCCGGACCCAUCCUCUCCGCGACCGGUGAACCCGUUUCCGUGGGAGGCAACACUCCAUGUGCUGUUAGUUAUGGCGGUCCCGGCAGAGUGAUUUCUGGAGGCAGUGGUCUUUAUGGUGGAUUCGGCAGAGGGCUUUCUGGAGGCAGUUUUGGUUCUCUUGGAGGGCGUCUGGGGAGCUUCGGGGGUCGCAGAGGCAGCCUCAUCGUGGGGCGCCGUGGCAGCUACUCCCCCUGCUACUCCCCCUGCAAUUGAAAUGUCAAAGAAGAAUGGUCAAGAAAUCCACGGCAUAACAUACGCAUCUGGCUCUAGAUCUGCUGAGCCGCCUUCCUCCCAGCUCAGAUCAACAGAGGGAAGCGGUCCUAUCGGCAUCCCUGUCCCCUGACAUAACUUUCAUGUAUCCCCUUUUGAUUGAAAUAUUUCGAUUACUCUAUAAAUGGCAUCCGUCUCUCCCCCCCCCUUUCUCUCCUUCCUUGUUAGGAAGCUGUUCGUGUCCGAAUGUCAGUUUGUCUUUUCCAAAGCCCUUCUUUGUCAUACUGUUCACUCCUGUCCUUUGUUUGCAUUACUGAAUAAAGCUUCCUUUCUAUCAUGAUAUCACUCUCCUGGUUUUGAUUUAAACAUGGAUUUGGCAGGGGGCUUUCUGGAGGUAGUUUUGGUGCUCUGGGAGGCCGUUUGGGAAGCUUUGGGGGCCGCACAGGCAGUCUCAUCCUAGGGCCCAGGAACAAUUGUUCUCCCUGCUAAAUUCUUAUGGACCAUUUAACUCAGAUUUGCAGCGAUCAAGAAAA